UCGCGGUGAAAAGAGUAAUGGGCGUCGUCAUCGAAUGUUUAUUGUGAAUGAGCCAACAGGGUACGUCAUUUUGGGAUUUAAAUGCGGUAUACUCAUGUGUCAGAUACUGUCGAAAAACGUGUGAAUAGCAUAAACGCUUGCAAAAUCUUUACUAACGAGUAUUAGAAAGAUGGGUGAUAGUGUUGAUAACAAUACAGCCGCAGAGACUGCAAUCGAUGCACUCAAACUAGAGGAGAAGGAUGAUUUUGUUGAUCCAUGGAAUGUAGAAAGUCAAUCUGAUACCGGCAUUGAUUAUGACAAAUUGAUACACCGUUUUGGGAGCACAAAAUUGGAUGAUGCAAUCAUCCAAAGAUUUGAGCAAGUGAUUGGCAAACCCGUUCAUCAUUUUAUCCGUCGUGGGAUAUUCUUUUCACACCGUGAUUUGCACACAAUUUUAAGAUUAAAAGAAGAAGGGAAACCGUUCUAUUUGUACACGGGACGAGGACCGUCUUCGGGUUCAUUGCAUUUAGGUCAUUUGAUCCCCUUCCUUCUCACAAAAUGGUUGCAGGAAACAUUGAAUGUGCCUCUUGUUAUCCAGUUGACUGACGAUGAGAAAACAUUAUGGAAAGACUUAAAAAUUGAAGAAGCAAUGAAAUUGGCGAGAGAAAAUGCCAAAGAUAUCAUUGCCGUUGGCUUUGACGUCAAUAAAACAUUUAUCUUUUCCGAUUUGGACUUUGUGGGGAAAUGUCCAGCCUUCUACCAGAAUAUGAUUCGCAUCCAAAAGUGUGUAACAUUCAAUCAAGUGAAGGGCAUAUUUGGAUUUGGUGAUUCGGAUCCCAUUGGCAAGAUUGCAUUUCCGGCGGUUCAAGCGGCUCCAGCAUUUUCAUCCACGUUUCCAUUCAUUUUCGGCGAUAAAAAGAUGCAUUGCUUGAUUCCAUGCGCAAUCGAUCAAGAUCCAUAUUUCCGGAUGACAAGAGAUGUGGCACCGCGUCUUGGUUUCCCGAAACCAGCUCUUAUUCACUCGACAUUUUUCCCGGCAUUGCAAGGUGCCAAAACGAAAAUGUCGGCCAGUGAUAACAAUUCAGCAGUAUUUUUAACCGAUACGCCGAAACAAAUUAAAACCAAGAUCAACAAGCAUGCAUUCUCUGGCGGUCAACAAACCGUCGAAGAGCAUCGAGCCAAGGGUGGCAAUACAAAUGUCGACGUAUCAUUUCAACUGUUGCAAUUCUUUUUGCCCGAUGACGAUGAAUUGGAGCGGAUUCGCGUCGCAUACACAAAAGGUGAAAUGCUGAGCGGUGAACUCAAAGCGAAAGCAAUAGAAACGUUGCAACCAAUUGUAGCCGAGCAUCAGGCAAAUCGUAAAUUGGCUACCGACGAUGUGCUCGACCAAUUUAUGGCGCUCAGACAAUUGAAAUUCGAUUAACGAAUCAAAACAAAUUUAUGAUCGAUUGUAAUAAAAAUCCUAUUUAUUAUAAAAUUAGUUCCUUUUUUUCUACAUCUUACAAUUAAACUAAUUUUGCAUUGUCACAAUGCAGCACUGGCCUCAUUCAAAUUGCAUUUCGAUUACUGGUGAAUGGUUUGACAGAACAAAAUAUUAAGAAUAAAACGAAUGAUUCACGUAAACAUGAGUUGAAUUUCACAUUUGGAAGACGAAAAGAGAACGAAUUGAGAAUAUAUUCUCGUUUCCUGUCUUGCCUUUGUUUCGAGUCCAUCAACAUUAGCAACCGUUUUCAAUUGGACAAUAAAACCGAUUAGUGUGCUUUGCAUACACGCAUUGAAUGUUCGCUCUCCUCGGAUGUUUGUUCGGCUGUAACAAUAACAUUUCGAAAAAGUGAAAAAUGAAAACUCCUAAUUUUAUUUGUUCAAACCAAAUAAAAUUGAAUGCACUGGAUGAAUGUAAAUGCAAGAGAAAGAGAGAGAGAGAGAAAAAUUGGAUUGAGUAAUGUUUGUCGAUUUUCUUUCGCCCUCAAAAUGUAAUAUUUAAUAAAAUAUCAUAUAAUCAGUGUACGAUAUGGAACUGCGUUCAAUGCAACGACGACGACGACACUAUCGAUGAUGAACGAACCAAAAAGGGAAGAAAACAAUGCAACAAACGAGAAAAAAAUGAAGAAGAAAAAAAAACAGUGUCAACAGUAGUAAGUAGCGAGAGUGUGCCAGCUUUUGUUUUCCUUUCAGGUCUUUUGUUUCUUCGUUUCUCUAUUUCAUUUUUCUUGGGAUUUGAUAUAUAUUCUUUUAUUUGUUAUCCAUGCGUCCGUCGGUCGACCGCGGUGUUAUUUUUGUUUUUGUUUAUGUUUUUCGGUUUUGUUGGCGACAAAUGAAAUUGCAUUGUUAUUUAUUUCUUGUACUUCCGUGUGGUGACACUUUCGCUGGCGAUACAUCAAAAACGCACGAAACUAUUGAGAAAUCGAACAAAAACAGCAGCCAAUUUGAUCAAAAAUUUCGUUUUCUUCUUUUACGCCUACCACAAAACUUAUCUUCUACUAUCAAUAUUCAUUUCUUUGAAUUGUAAAAGAUCGCACACGUUAAACAUUCCUGCAAAUGUCCAAAAUGAUGAAUAUUCCUCAUAAACUGAAACUGUACACAAACGUCGCGUGUUCUAAUGAACACCGAUAACAACAGAAAACAACAACAAAAAAACCAAGUAUUUUUCUUUCUGUUGUUGACAACAUUACAGAAAUUUCUUGAAUUUAUUAUAUGAAUAACAAAUUUAUCGAUACGACACUUUGGAAUCGACGACGUUUGCGUUCGAUGAAAAACGAAAUUGGAUCGAAGCGACAGCGAAUCGAAUGAAAACAAUCGAACAAUAAAACAUUUUUGAAUCUGUAAUGAAACUGAAGAAAAGGUGAGCAAAUAGCCGGUUGAAUAUAGCGAGCGAGAAGAGGAGAGAAAAAAGAGUGAGUGAGUGAGUGAGAGAAGGGAUAGAGAGAAGAAAAAAUGAUUCAUGAAAAACACUUGUGUUGACACAACGCCAAAAUACACAUUACCCUAUUCAAUUAUUAUUAUUUUCUAGGGAAUGUGUUGAAAUCUACGUUAAUCGCUUUUCGAAGAGAGCGAGUGCCCGAUUUUCGCGACCAACCUUCAAUCUCAAUGCUUCGGUAUAUAAAGAUUUCAAUCAAAUUAUUGCUCUAAACAUUUGCUUGUUUGUUUUGCUCAUUCUCAUUAAUGUGACCAUUAUUGAUAUUUUAUCAUCAUUUUUCUUUCUUCUUUCGAAAUUCCACAUCGAUUGCGAACAUUCGAUGUGUUUUUCUGCAUUUCCAUGAAAUGAAUUUCCAAUAAUAAUUGAAUCCAUCCUAUCAACCGUUGAUCGCGAUCGACGUUCUCUCACUCUUGACGAUUCGUUGGAGCGCUCGGUCGAUCAUGUGCGCGCGUGCGCUCGCACAUACACCUGAUCGUAUUCUUGAAACACAACGUAACGGUGGGUAGGACAAAGAAUUGCCCUGAUACAGUUUUUCAAAAUAAGAGAAUCUUAUUGGUUCAUAAUGAUGAACGUUACUCAACGGCCGAAUACACGCUCAAUCGUGUUUCACAUCCGUGCAGCGAGAUGAAAAACAGAUGUGGCGGGCUGCCACUAAAGCACAUACGCACACACACAGUCAUCAUCACUCACCGAGACAGAGACGCUGUCGAAUCGACAGGUUGGUGGUAGAUGAACAUACAGUAUCAAGAUAAACGAAACAGAAACGGAUGACGAAAAGACACAAACAGUAGAAAGAAAGAAAAGAAAGAAAAGAAAAAACAGCAUACAGAAUAUUGAGAGUGUGAAACUCAUUUGAAAUAAAAUUUCGAAAGAAAAAAAAUGAAACCAUUUCACAAAGUUCCAUCGACAGAAACAUACAAAGCUGCAACAAGUGUGCGCGCGACAAACAAUUAAACAAUUCCCUUCGAAUCAAUAGUAACAGUUUUGAAAAUAGUGCGAAGUUAAAUAUUGACAGCAAUCGAAUUCGUCGAUUCUGAUUUGUGAGCUGAUUGAGACAAUUUUGAUUGUACGUUUAAGUGAACGGCAUUUUUUUUUUCCAUUUGUACAAUUGAAUGUUGUGUGGUCACACGUGAACUUGUCGUUUUUUUUUUCGAAGGGAAAAAUAAA